AUGCGGCUGACACGGUCCCUGCUGGCAUGGGCGCCGUCCCUCGUCGCGCGCAGCCCGUCUGCGCCGUCGGCGCAGGUGCAUGCGGCAGCGGACAUGCUGAUGCCGCCCAAGCCACUGCUGCGUGCGCUACUGCGUGCGCACCGCCAUUUGCCGCCGGAAAUGCGGGCCUUGGGCGAUGACUAUGUCAAGGCUGAGUUCCGGCGCCACCAGCACAUCGACAAUCCUCUACACAUCGUGGGGUUCUGCAGCCAAUGGAAAAUGUAUCUGGAUGCCCUGCUGGCCGAUACCAACAGCCCCAGCGGCGCGCGUGGCGCGUACCUAGACCCUAGUCUCCUGGACAAGUUUUCCGACGAGCAGCUCUAUCAGCUCUAUGAACUCAAGCUCGCGACCGAGGAGGCUUUCGAUCCCGCACGUGCGCAGGCGACCAUGCCUACUGGCUCCAACGGCGCCUAG